AAGUCCUCCCACCUAAACCCAGCUACAUCUCUCUCGCUCUCUCCGUUUCUUCAUUAACAUACCAGUCCAGCAACGGUGAACAGAAGCAUCCUACCUAACACAGGAACCAUGGGCGACUGCAGAAGUUACGGUGGUUCAUCUCGGCUUGUCCUCUGUGCUGUUCUGGUCAUCUGUAUGGUUUUUGUGCAGACAGAAACAGUGGCAGAUUCCUCUCCUACGCUGCAGAAGGAUAAUCAGGACACGCUAUCCGGUGACGCACCCAUCGAUGUAACAACAAAACACCAUUUCUAUGACCAGACAGAAAAGUCCUUAACUUAUGACAAUGAGGACGGUACACCCUCACUAACCCUGGAUGAGGAAGAAGGUGUGUUGGGGCCAGGUGCCAUCACAGCUAUUGUCAUUGCUGUGUUUCUCGGUGCUUCUGUUCUCCUAGCUCUCAUUGUUAUCACACUCAGAAAGUUCACAGCCUCUUAGGAAGGUGUUAUGUUUCUCAGUUUCCCUCUUUCCCAAUCCAGUCUCUUUUUUUGUUCUUUAUUUAUCCCUUCUCCUCUCUCUGACAAUUGCAGCAAGUAUCUAAUUGAUGGCAGGUCCCACAUGAAAUAGGUGACUUCUCUUAUAACACUCAAGACAUGGAUAGGGGAAACCAGACCGAGGCUGAUACAAAAGGGCAACUGUGUUCUGGAGAAAUUAUGAAAUUAUUAGUUUUGUGAUCAUGUCAAACUGUUAACAACAGCUUGUUUGUAUCCUCAAGAAACAAAAGUUGAGAAUAAAAGACUUGAAGAUUAUAGAAGGUGUUUUUAACAUACAUUGGAGGGAUAUUUUAACAGAUAUUUUCAUUUAUAUCAUCAUGCAUUACAAUUUCAUUGUAAUUUCUAAUCUACACCAAGUUCUUGUUUUCUUGUCAGCCUAACUGAUUUGUAUGAAAUUACCAUGUUCUUUAAAGAUUGAGCGAGAGUGUGUAUGCAUGCUUGUGUAUGUUUGAGAAAAAGCCAAGCAGAAUUGUGUUUUAAUUGAACUUUUAUAUAUAAACUGAUGUAAAGUUGUGUGUCUGCUUGUGUCAGCUCACUGAGCAGAUUAAAAGACCAUGUUAAAGCCUUU